GAUAUGGUACGAUAUACAUGUGCAGUUCUUAUCGCGAUGACCUAUAUACACGCCCACAGUACAUUAUGGAUUUAAUAACAGUGGUUGUGCUAACAUGUUCAAUUAUUAUUGUGAAAUUCUUGCUCAAAGGCGACCCAGAGUCUAUCAAUGGAGUUUAUUCACAGCCAAACAAGUGGUACUGGAUAAAAUUCUACGGGUUUAAAUUUAUUUUGUGGUUAAGAAAACGCGAGCAAAAUAAGGUCAACGGGGAAAAUGCAGGAAUGGGUCGAAAAUCAAGAAAUUCGCCAGAAGAAAUGGAUAAAGCACAAGUUCUACAUAAGGAGCAUCCGAAGGCGGUGGAUGCUGUGUACCUGACCGGGAGUAACAAAGACGGCCAGUUCCUUGUGACAGCAACAGCACGACGUCAUGGCAACCACGUGCAAACCAUUGUCUAUCUUAGGUUACCGGAUGUCGGCUUUCUAGAGCUGCCUUCGAUGCCGGACACGUCUCUGAGAGGGUCACAGGAAGGCGAGUACGCGGCAGGGGGUCUCCACAUCCGGCCCAUGGAAACCAUGAAGACGUGGAGCAUAAAGUUUGAUGGCAAACUCAGACAAGUGUCGUCUGGAAAACUUCUCAACGUGACCUUUGACCUAACUUGGACGGCUUGCACGCGCUACUUCGAUUUUGACAUCGACCUUCAUCCUGACACGUUGUGUGAUGCUAUUGCACGAGAAAAGUGGUCCAGGACUUUCUUCGACACGCUUAAAACAAUCCAUCAGACCCAUUACGAGCAGUUCGGGGACACAAGAGGAACCGUCCACAUUGAGGGCCAUGACCCCGUAACCUUCGAUGUUAGGGGAGUCAGGGACCACUCUUACGGGAACAUCCGGAACUGGCGACAGCUCCACCGGUACUGCAUCCAGUACGCGAGUUUCGAGGACGGGUCCAACCUCAACAUUUCAGCCAUAUCCAUGCCCGCCACGACAUCUAGACUUCAUUGCGGGUUUCUGUUCCACCCUGACGGCAGCCUGGACAAAAUGUCUUGGUGUGACCUUGAAUUCCAUCACCUAGGUGACGACGGCACGCCAGUGACUGACUUCACCAUCAGGUUUAAAGCCGGCGACAAGACGCGCACCGUGACGGCGAAGGUUCUGGACACACGUCAGUUCUACAUCGGUGACGGCAGAGACGCCAAGAUAUUCGAGCGCUAUGUGCGAUACGAGAUGGACGGGGUGGUGGGGUACGGACUCAGCGAGUGGGAAUACGUAAACAACGACGGAACAGACCCACAGAACAACAUGGGACUGAACUUUUGAGACCAACACAGGCUACAUUCGCGGAUUUGGGAUCUCGAGUUAAAGGGGGUUGUUCAUGAUAUGAACCGCGUCAUGCGAAAAUCGAUCUUAUGCCUGUGUAGCUACAGACCAGCAUGUGCAAUCUGGUGAUUAAUCACGCUGUCUGCUGAAAAUCACGCAAAGUUUUGUGGUCUGAUUAGCAUACAGGGUAACUCCUGACCAGACUGCGCGUAUUCAUAUGGCUUAAGACCCAUUCCGCAUGACGCGGGACUUAUUCAGGAACAGUAAAACGCUUUCUGCUACCUUUAUGGGUUUGCCAAGAAAUCAGCAGUGUAUCGACAGCAUCCGCAAACAUUUGAAAAGAAAAAACUGAUGGUUGUGAUGGACACCAAAUGAAUAAAACAUAUAGGUUCCAACUAAAUACUUACAUAUUGUGUUUUCAUGUAUUUUGACGCCUAUAGUCGAGUAUAAGACAAUUGUGACAACUGGUAAGUGGCUUUUCGAUUGUUUCUCCAAGAGAGAAAAAAUGUCAUGUUAUCUGAUUAUUGAAAAGUAUUAUGUUAUUUCAUUACCCGUGAAUUAAAAUGGCUUAAUCAAUGACAAUCUGUAUAUUUUUAGCUCACCUGACCACAACGAGCUAAUGGUGAGCUUUUGUGAUCGCCUUUUGUCCGUCGUCCGUUGUCCGUCGUGCGACAUCAACAUUUGCCUUAUUCACUCUCUAGAGGCCACAUUUAUUGUCCAAUCUUCAUGAAAUUUGGUCAGAAGAUUGGUUUCAAUGAUAUCUUGGAUGAGUUUGAAAAUGGUGACGUUUGCUUGAAAAACAUGGCUGCCAUGGGGCGGGGCAUUUUUCCUUAUAUGGCUAUAGCAAAAUUUUGUUAACACUCUAGAGGCCACAUUUAUUGUCCGAUCCUCAUAAAACUUGGUCAGAAGAUUCAUCCUAAUAAUAUCUUGGACGAGUUCGAAAAUGAUGUCAGUUGGUUGAAAAGCAUGGCCGCCAGGGGGCGGGGCAUUUUUCCUUAUAUGGCUAUAGUAAAACCUUGUUAACACUCUAGAGGCCACAUUUAUUUUCCGAUCUUCAUGAAACUUGCUCAGAAGAUUUGUCCCACUGAUAUCUUGGAUGAGUUCAGAAAUGGUAACCUUUGCAUGAAAAACAUGGCUGCCAAGGGGCGGGGCAUUUUUCCUUAUAUGGCUAUAUAUGACUAUAGUAAAAUCUUGUUAACACUCUAGAGGCCACCUUUAUUGUCCAAUCUUGAUGAAAUUUGGUCAGAAGAUUUUUCUUAAUGAUAUCUUGAAUGAGUUCGAAAAUUGUUACGUUUGCUUGAAAAACAUGGCCGCCAAGCGGCGGGGCAUUUUCCUCUAAAUGGCUAUAUAAGGCUAUAGUAAAAUCUUGUUAACACUCUAGAGGCCACAUUUAUAGUCCGAUCUUCAUGAAGUGAGCGACUUUGGGCCUUUCAGGCCCUCUUGUUAUGUAUUUUUUUACAUGUAACAUUUUACAACAUAAGUAUUAAUGCUUUUUGCUUUCAUAUUGUAUGUAGUGAUUUGAACAAUCAUUUUGAGUAUCGUUAACUGCAUGUUUAUUGGAUUUGUUCAGCCUAAAGCACUCCGUGACACGUUUUAGAAUUCCUUGUUUUAUAUACUUGUAUUCUAUUUUGGUCACUUUUGCAUUACUAUGCAUGUACUUAUUGCUUAUAUAUUGUUAGUUUGGUUUAUAUAACGAUGAACUGGAUUUGUUCAAGUUAUCUGAAUAAACUUUCUGUUCUGUU